AAAAGAGAGGUCUGAAUAGUAGUAGCAGUAGAAGUAGUAGUAAUGCCAAGAAGAAGGGGAAGAGAGGAAGAACAAAAGCUAAGUUUGAGAGAGAGCUUUGAAUAGUGGAAAAGAGAAGGAAGAAAGUUCUACUGUUUGCUGCUGUUGUUGUUGGUGGUGGAGAUGGAGAAAGGAUUUGGAGAGGAUGAGUUGUAUGAGGAGUUGUGGAGGGGGUGUGCAGGGCCACUGGUUGAUGUGCCCAGGAUUGGAGAGAGGGUGUUCUACUUUCCUCAAGGACAUAUUGAACAGUUGGAGGCAUCUACAAACCAAGAGCUUGAUGCUCAUAUCCCUCCUUUCAAUAACUUGCCUCCUAACAUCCUCUGCCGUGUUGUCAACAUUCAACUGCGGGCUGAGCAUGAAACUGAUGAAGUCUAUGCUCAAAUCACACUUCAACCAGACUCACAAGCGGAACUAACAAGCCCAGACAUGGCUGUGCCGGAGCCUCCAAGGCCAACAGUGCACUCGUUUUGCAAGAUUUUGACAGCCUCCGACACGAGCACCCAUGGUGGAUUCUCUGUUCUCCGUCGUCACGCCAACGAUUGUCUCCCUCCUCUGGAUAUGACCCAAGCUACUCCUACUCAAGAACUUGCUGCUAAGGACCUUCAUGGAUUUGAAUGGAGAUUCAAGCAUAUUUUUAGAGGCCAACCAAGGAGGCAUUUGCUCACUACUGGAUGGAGUACCUUUGUUACCUCAAAACGAUUGGUUGCCGGAGAUGCGUUUGUCUUCCUAAGAGGCGAAAAUGGAGAAUUGAGGGUGGGAGUGAGACGAUUAGCCCGGCAGCAGAGUACUAUGCCAUCAUCUGUGAUCUCAAGCCGGAGCAUGCACCUCGGAGUUCUUGCUACAGCUUCUCAUGCUGUCACCACACAAACUCUCUUCACUGUCUACUACAAACCAAGGACUAGUCAAUUCAUUGUCGGUGUGAACAAGUUCUUGGAGGCCGUUAAUCAUGGCUUUACUGUCGGUAUGAGAUUCAAGAUGAGAUUUGAGGGUGAAGAUGUUCCUGAGAAAAGGUUUAGCGGAACUAUAGUCGAUGUAGGAGAUAUCUCAUCUCAGUGGACAAGUUCUAAAUGGCGAUCACUGAAGGUUCAAUGGGAUGAUGCUGCAAGCAUUCAAAGGCCAGAGAGAGUUUCUCCUUGGGAGAUUGAGCCUUUCACUGCCAUACCCCCUACUGUAAAUGCUCCUUCACAAAUUACUCAAGUUAAAGCUGCUAAAAGGCCUAGGCAACCUGUAGACCUCCCAGACCUCCCAAAUCAUGAGUUCACUGCUUCCUUUUGGUAUUCUGGAACAACACAAUCACAUGAUUUAGGUACAGUAAACGGCAGCGACGGGCAGGGUUGUGAAACACAAGCACAAACACAAGUAUGGCCUCACUGGAAGAAUGAGCAAAUGAGUAAUAAGAGCUUGCAGAAAUUAGGAGGAUUUGAUGGUUGGUUAAAGGACUCCUCCCAUGCUUCAUUGAAGCUGUUCCAAGAUAAUAAUGGAGAGCCAAAGACUUCUCCUGUUCCCUUGUGGCCCGCAGAGACCUCCAUUGAAAAGUCGAAGAAGGCUGAGUUUGGUGGUAGUUGUCGGUUGUUUGGUAUCGAAUUGAUUAAUCAUUCAAACAACACAGUCGAGAAGCCAUUGGUCAGCCCUGUUAGCAUAUCAAGUGCUGCAACUGAGGAUGCCCCUCCAGCUCCUGCCACAGUAUCAGUGGAAGACUCCGAUCAACAGUCUGCACUUUCAAAAGCUUCAAAAGAACAUAAACGAGGGACACAUAUCUCUACAAAGGAGAUCCAGAGCAGGCAGAACAGUUCUACAAGAAGCAGGACUAAGGUGCAUAUGCAAGGCAUAGCGGUUGGUCGGGCUGUUGAUCUGACUACCCUUGAAGGGUAUGAUGAGCUCAUAUUGGAGCUAGAACAGAUGUUUGAUAUCAAAGGAGAACUACGACAUAGAGAUAAAUGGGAAGUGGUUUUCACUGAUGAUGAGGGAGACAUGAUGCUUGUAGGCGAUGAUCCUUGGCUGGAGUUCUGCAAGAUGGUAAGAAAGAUAUUUAUCUACACAAGCGAAGAAGUGAAGAAGAUGAAGCCGAGGAGCAAGCUUCACAUUUCAGCUAUAGAGAGUCAAGAAACAGUUAUAAUCUUAGGCGUCUCAGUUACGGUGAUACAUGCAAGAAUCAGCAACAUCCUCUUGUUUCGCAGCUCGGUUUUUUUGAGCAUCAAGGCAAAAAUAAGAACUGAGGAGGCUAAGAAAUGCAGAAAAAUUAGUUUUAUGCAGUAGCAAGUGGUGAUUACAAUGCAAGGAUUUCCUCUGUGAAUAUUUGUGGUGGUGUUAUUGUUGUUUUUUUUUUACUUAUUUAUGAAUUGUUUGAAUGCCUUGUAGCGUUCAUUGGUAUAAGAUUUUGCUUAGAGAAUCUAUUGUGAAUAUGUCAUGGCUGUGUUUUGAAUUAACAAUAAAUGAUGUUAUCUUGUUA